AUGAUUUCAAUAACGCCUUUACUCGCCACUCUUAUCUCCAUGAUCAUCCUCUCACGGAUCCUCCAGAUUGGCCGUCGUCCCAAGAGGUAUCCCCCUGGACCUCCUACUCUACCGAUACUUGGUAACAUUCACCAGAUGCCUUCACGAGAUGCCCAUCUCCAAUUUGAGAAAUGGGCACGGGAAUAUGGUCCUAUCUACAGCCUCAUGCUUGGCACGAAGUGUCUCAUUGUCCUCUCGAGUGAUGUGGCCGUGAAGGAGCUCCUCGACAAGCGAAGCGGCAUCUACUCCGAUCGUCAAGAGAUGUAUAUUGGCCAGACACUGUGCAGUGGUGGUCUUCGACUACUAAUGAUGGGCUACGGGCCGAAAUGGCGAGGCUUCCGCAAGAUGAUCCAUUCUUUGCUCAACAUCACGACCUCGAAGAAAUACGUCCAAUACCAGAUGUUAGAAAAUCGCCAGAUGCUAAGCCAAUUUCUUCACGACCCAGAGAAUUUCCUAAAACAUAUUCGGAGGUAUGAACACCACCACAUGGACCUGGGUUGUGUCACAAAGACGACUGCGCGUGGUGGUUACUGGCAGCUAACUAAAUCCUUAUCACUAAGAUAUUCUAACGCGCUUACCACCACAAUGGUAUUUGGAUGGCGAACUCCAACUUACGACGACCCGAAAAUGAUGCAGCUCUUCGAUAGGUUUUCCGAAUUCGCAGCCAUCAACCAAACCGGCACGGCAGCCAUUAUCGAUUUUUUCCCAUUCCUGCGGCACCUCCCAGACUUCCUCUUGCCAGCACAAAAAAAGGCCAAAGAACUGCAUGCUCGCGAAAAGGCAUUAUAUCUUGGUCACUGGCUACGAGCAAAGAAGGAGACCGAGGAAAAUUACAUCAAGCCCUGCUUCUGCGCCGGAAUGUACGAAGCACAGAAGAAGGACAGAUUCAGUGAUGACCAAGCGGCCUAUAUAUCAGGAACGCUGCUGGAAGCAGGCUCUGAUACCACUUCGAGCACCAUAUACGCCUUUGUACAGGCAAUGCUACUAUACCCGGAUGUCCAGCACAAGGCACAGGAAGAGAUAGAUCGCGUUGUUGGUUCAGAGCGCCUGCCGGUCAUUGAAGAUCUUGCUGGUUUGCAGUAUAUCCGCUGCAUCAUGAAGGAGACGUUGAGAUGGAUGCCAACUACUAUCCUAGGCGCAGUGCCGCACGCUGUCACCCAGGACGAUGAGUAUAUGGGGUACUUGAUCCCAAAAGGUGCAGGGAUCCUCAACAAUGUCUGGAGUAUUCAUAUGGACCCGUCAAGACACCCGAACCCGCGAACCUUUGACCCGGAUCGCUAUCAAGAUGACUGCCAGAGCUUUGGCGAUGCUGCGGCUAACCCAAAUCCAUCCAAGAGAGAUGCUUUCACGUUCGGUGCCGGACGUCGCAUUUGCCCAGGGAUACAUGUUGCAGAACGCAGUUUAUUCUUGGCUUUUUCGGGAAUCUUGUUCGCUUUUAACAUCGAGCCUGCCAUCGAUACGGAAGGCCGACAUAUUAUCCCUGAUCCCGACCGCUUGACGCAGGGCUUUGUCUGCAUGCCUGAGGAAUUUCCUGCCAAAAUCACGCCGAGGUCAAGGGAACGAGCCGCUAUGCUCUGUACGUUCGGCCCACCAGUAAAACUGAUCUUACAAGUCAAUCCAAAUGUGAAAACCGGUCAGGAUGGUGGGUAG